AGCCGCUCGCAGAGGCGGGACGUGCAUCCAGCCGAGAGGACCAUGCAGGAGGCCCGCCUGAGACGCGACAGCCUGCUGCUGGCCCUGAACAGCUACAACUCCGCCGCCGCGCGCAUGGAGCAGACGGUGCUGCUGCCCAGCCUGCUGAGGGACGUGCCCGGGGGGGACGAGGAGCCCGGCGGGGAUCUGUACGGCGACUACCUGAUGCUGAAAGCGGUGAAGAGCGUGGUGGAGAGCGGGCCGGUGCCCCCCGAGGACUGCAAGGCGUCCGAGGACGAGACCCCGGAGGCGCUGCCGGAGCCCGACGCUGACCCGGAGAGCAUCCUCCGCUUCCACCUGAGCGGCCUCUUGUCCGUCAUGGGCCAGCUCACGCAGCGCAGUCAGAGGCUGACGCAGAAAUAUCUGGACAUCAUCGGCAUCCCCCUUUAAAUAAAAAUGCAUCUUCCUCUUAAUUUAAUCAAAGUGUAUUUAUAUCCGGUUUAAGUCCCUUUAUGCUGGUGCUGCUCCCCCAACAAAGCACUGCAAAGUACAGGGCACUGGCCACUACAGACUGACAAAAAGAUCUCCAACAGCUUCCUCAAGAAAAAGAGUCUGCUUGUUGUGUAUUUAUGAGAGAAUAAAACAUUCUUCCACUUG